AUGGCCAAGACCCCCUCCUCUCCCAAGCAGCCAUUGUCAGGAGGAACAGACUCUGUUUUCUACUUUGUCUUUCAUAAAAUGCAGCAAAUCUGGCAAAAAUAAAGCAAAAAGCAGAGGUUUAGUAAGCUUUUGUUUCCGUUUGUGCAAUAAGUUGGUGUAAAAAAUGGUUUUAUGAUAAAUUACUUUGUUUAGUUAUAAAAAAAUAAACUACCAUUAUUCAUGACAUCAAGCAAUAUGUUCCAGAUCAGCCCCACUCUCUGACCAAUUCCAGCCUCACUUAAAAACAAGAGAACCCUUUAAAGUUUGGGAGGUAUGUAUAUGAGGUAAGAAAAAAUGGCGCGAGGAUUGGACAUGCGGAUACAGAUUUAGGGAGAGACAUGUAGCAGUCACCACGGAAACCAAUGGAAUGUUCAUGAUAACUGGCCCAGUUAAUUACAGCACCCUGACGUUAUUUUGCAAUGAAUCCAGUCUGCUUAGGAUGACUUUAUUCAGAUAGAAUCUUGAACGUGUGUGACUCAUCAUGAUGAGCGCGUUGCUCAAAGGGAGCAUAAGGGCAAUCAAGGCCAGUAUGUCAUCAAUGGCCACUGUCACAUUCCGGGACUUUUAUUUAUAUUUUUAUAUAUAUAUAUAUAUAUGUAAAAAAAACAGAAUUUAUAUCUUGUAAUCCCUUUUUUAUUGGACUAACAAAUAUAUAAAUAAAUAUGUAAUAUGUGCUCUUGCUGGCAAACAUGGCACCUACAACAAAGUACUAUUUACUAGAAUGAAAAGUGCGAAGUAUUUCUUUGCCACUGAGUGUACAAUGUCCAUACAAUUAUUAAACAAUAGCCGGAUUUUUACAGUUGCCAUGUUUCAAGGCUAAAUGCAGGCUUGCUCAUUUUAUUCACAGAUUUCACUGCAUAUUUGAGGACCUUGAGCAGUGCUGGGCAGUUAUUCUGAUUAUAUUACAUUAUAUUACAUUUCUACGUUGGCUGCUUAAACUGUUUCUUUUUAUUUAAAAUGCUCUACAGUGCUAAAACACAUGUUGUGUUAUGAGUAUCACAGAGCUCCACAAACAUAAAAUUAUAGAGUGUCUUAUUUAAGCAUUAGUGACUAUUAAUAAAAUAAUUUGGUCCUACUGUGAAUGACAAUGACAUGUUUUAUAUUGUAAUUAGAUUUAUUUAAGGCAAUCUAGUCACUGAACCGGUUUUGCAUGUCAAAAUAUUGGAAGGUAAGUCAGGGCCACAAUCUUCUCCCUCUGAAUAUUGGUAUUAAGAUAUUAGAUGCACAGUAAUGUGGGGUGUCUAUGAGUGUAUAACAGAGCUCCACUGCAAUAGAAUUAACUUUAAUAUGUUGUGUACCACAGAGCUCCACCUCAAAAACAAAAAAAACCCUCACAGAUAUGCACCAUGUCAAUAAUUCUCCUAGUAGUCAGUAAUGUAUAGUGUAUCAGAGCUCCAUUGCAAAAAAAAUCAACCACUGUGUAUCACAGAGCUCCACAUCACAGAGCUUUACUGCAAUAAAACUCACCACUGAGUGAUUUAAAACUACACUUUGUGUAUCAGUUUCCUUAAAUACAAUACUCAUUAAAACCAACAAAAUAACUGCUCACUAAAGGACAAAAUAGCAGCUGAGUAUUAUUUUGGCUUCUAAUUUGCAACUUCCUUGCCAAUUCACAAUUCCAAGUUUAGUGACUUAAACCUAUAGCAAUGUGACAUUCCUAUGAGCAUAUCACACAGUUUCACAGGAAUAACACAGUUUAGGAAUCAGAAUGUAGAAAUAUAAGAAAAUAUAACAAGAGGUUUUUCAGAGAGCAUUUUAAAGUGUUUUGCCUUGUUUUGGACACUCCAGUGCCAAUCUACAGCAAUAACACACCAACUAGAGGACUGACCAAAACUCUCAUAUCCUUUCCUCUCCACCAUUCCCCCCCAGGCCCUGUGAUAAUCAAAAUAUGGGCAUGAAAUCAACUAAAAUAAAAUUAUACAUGCAUCUGAUUUUCUAAAGCCUUAAUUCUUUAAAUAUAACUAUAUAUAUCUAAACUAUUCUGAAACAUGACCUGCCGCUAAAAAUGACAAAAUAGUUUUUUUUCACAACCCCUGAGACCAGCAAUAAAUGAUUUAUUUUCUCAUCAGAUCUGAUCAAUUUUUCCCUUAUGUAAGGGUUGGGAAAGAGCACAGGGGGCGUGGCUAAUGAGAGGAGGAGGCGUGUCCCCAGCAGAGAGGAGUGAUACUGUAUCACUCUCCAGAGUUCUUUUUACACUUGGUGGGAAGGAUUGACUCCAGGUGGGGGUGGGGCCAGGACUGUUGACGUGUUUCUUGAUCCCAGAGUGCAGGGUCAGGGCAGCUCUAUCUGCCCCUGUGCUGGGGAGGCUACAGACAGCAGGGUAUGGGGUUUGUACCCAGCCUGCCUCUCUGGGGAAACACAGAACUGCCUGGGGUAAGAUUACAGCUUCCUACCCCCUAUGACUCCCCCCACAGCAUUGCAAUAUGUAGAAGUAAUGUAUCUGAUCAGCUGGGCUCCCAUCUGUUACACUGUAUACAAAGUGUGGGGAUCACAGUUAUAAUGGAGGCUGCAGCGUGUACACAGGCUAAAAUCUACAGCUUAUAGCAAGGGGUUACUUUCUGUACACUGAGUGACACUCACUAUCUUGUAAGAGCAGGUCUGUUUACACGAUUAUCUAUGUGUGCAGAUAGACUAACACAUGCACACAGUUACUGGGUAAUUUACUGUAUCUGUUACUGAAUAAUAUAUAGACAGAAACAUCUGACGUUUAUUAAAUGUGCAGCAACAGUUUCAAAAGUUAGUUUAAUUAAGCAAAAAACUGUUACUGGGGGCAAUAAGACACUCAGGGUUACUGUAAUAAGAUGUUACAGGGUAAUAAGGCACUCAGGAGUUGGGUUACUGUAAUAAGAUGUUACAGGGUAAUAAGACACUCAGGAGCCGGGUUACUGAAAAAGAUAUAACACGGUAAUAAGGCACUCACAAGCCGGGUUACUGAAAUAAAAUGUUACAGGGUAAUAAGGCACUCUGGAGCCGGUUUACUGUAAUAAAAUGUUACAGUGUAAUAAGGCACUCAGGAGCCGGGUUACUGUAAUGAGAUGUUACAGGUUAAUAAGGCGCUCAGGAGCCGGGUUACUGUAAUAAGAUGUUACAGGGUAAUAAGGCGUUCAGGAGCCGAGUUACUGUAAUAAGAUGUUACAGGGUAAUAAGGCACUCAGGAGCCAGGUUACUGUAAUAAGAUGUUACAGGGUAAUAAGGCGUUCAGGAGCCGAGUUACUGUAAUAAGAUGUUACAGGGUAAUAAGGCACUCAGGAGCCAGGUUACUGUAAUAAGAUGUUACAGGGUAAUAAGGCACUCAGGAGCCGGGUUACUGUAAUAAGAUGCUACAGGGUAAUAAGGCACUCAGGAGCCAGGUUACUGUAAUAAGAUAUUAUAGGGUAAUAAGGUACUCAGGAAGUUACAGGGUAAUAAAGCACUCAUGAGCCGGUUUACUGUAAUAAGAUGUUACGAGGUAAUAAGGCAUUCAGGAGCCAGGUUACUGUAAUAAGACGUAAGAUAUUACAGGGUAAUAAGGCACUCAGGAGCCGUGUGGAUGUAAUAAGAUUCACAACUGUAGAACACCUGACAGGUGAACUUCUCUUCUCUGAAAUUUACACCCGUGGAUAAAAUCAUCUAUAUUACAAACUUCUUUUUCUAAUAUGCUCCAUUUUCUUUGAAAUUUAUAGCAUAUUAUAUGACGAGGGGGGGCUAAGGGGCAUGCAUAGAGAGCUUUCCUACAGGAAUUUUACUGACGCUUGAUGUCCUCAUGCAAAACGUGAGGACGUCCGUUAGAUAAUUAAAAGUCCAUUAGCAACCAGGAAGCGCUUCUAGUGGGUGUCUGAUUGACAACCAUAAGAGGUAGUCUUCGUCCUACAAUGUAAUUAUUGCAGUUUCUCAACAAUUACAAUGAUUUACAUUGCAGGACUAAGUAGGACUGGAACACUGCACCUAGACCACAUCACUGAGAUGUAGUGGUCUGGGUGACGAUGGUGUCCCUUUCAGUCUAUUUUUAUAACAAUGAUUGACAGGGAGCUAAGAUGGAGGUACUCAAGCUCAAGAUAUAGAGGUGUGGAUUUCUACAUUUAGGUAAAAAAAAAUCACAUUCCACAAACAAAUAUUUGUUAAAAAAAAAUAAAUAGGAAUAAGUAAAUAUAAUAUAAAAAAAAACAUGGGAAUUGAUAAUUAGCCUUGAAAUAAUAUGUUGCAGUGGUAAUAUUUUAAUCUGUGUGCCAAGGCCAAUAGUAUUUAUUUCCGUACAGAGGUCAGAAGAAAAAGGUGGAUCAAAUAUUAAUGACCUGAGAGCUCAAAGUUCAGCCAUGUGGUAUAUAGUUACCAUCCAGUAAAACCUAUCACACAUGCUAUCAAUUAGAGUGUACGAUAGAGCAAUGCUACGCAACGGUGCUUUACGCUGCACGGCUGCAGCCUGUCAUUCUCGCAGUCAGUGUAUGUUGUAAUAGACUUUGCAAUUCCUACCUUAUAUAAACAGGACAUUGUAUUCAAUCAAUAUACUAAUAUAUCAAAUCUGCAAUGUUUUGUCCUACUAGGUAUCUGCCUGGUAAUCUCCCUUGUUUACUGUAUAAUUCACACAGUGCAUCUGUAUGAACUAAAACAGUGACUGUUGUAUUGUUGUCGUUGCUCUGUUCACCAGUAGAAUAAAGCUUUUUUUAAUACAUAGGGUUUUUUAAAAAAUAAUUUUUUAUUAGAACCGAAUAUACAUAUCGGUUUUCAGUCCUUCAAUACAGGUCACUAUGGAUCCCUUCAGGUAUGGAUGGAAAAAGAGUUUGUUAAUGGACCGACUUCUGGGAAAAUUCACGAAAAAAAAUUCUUAUGGCGCGUAAUGUGAAGAUUAUCCUGCGCGUGAGUACCUAAAAGAGAAAAGUGUAGGAAGUUAAAGGGAUAGUACAUUAUUCCAAGCAUACAAUCUCAUCAGUAGGACAUGGUGGAGGAAGUGUUUAGACUGCCACUGGAAUUGUCUGAAAUGACUUUGUUAAUGAUGUGCCCGUUAUGACGGCAGUGAUACGAAUUCUUGAGUUUGCUGAAAUAAUUCAAAUUUCUGGAAACUCUUCAGAAUCCACUUCACCUUUCGGCAGGAAUGUAGGCCUAAACACACUACUAAAGCAGAUAACGAGCCUUCAGGGCCAGAACCUGCAAUGUGGAACGUUCUUGAGUGGCCUGGUUAAUUAUCCAACAUGCAUCCUCUGCUUCUCGACCAAAGACUAAUGUGCAAUAUUCAGCCUAGCUGGAGAGCAGAUCAAUACCCAGCCUUUGUGAAGGUCACUUGAUUGCGGAAUAUUCAAGUCACCGAAAUUCACAAGAUCUGCAACCGAGUACAAAGUAUGACCACAUUUUUAAGUUUAAGUAUUUUGUUCUCCUGGAAGGGCUACAUUUUCUGCAUAGUUCACAGUUUAUAGAUGAUCAUAAGUUCUUUUUAAAGCUGAUAAUCUCGUUUUAGUCGUACACUGGGCUGGAUGGCAUACAGUGCCAAACAAUAAAACUCAAAUAAAAGUACUUGCAGACUACACCGUAUUAACGCCAGCACUUGGCUUGUGUGCUCACAGUAAAAUAUAUUUAAGGCAAACAUCCGAGUAACAUCAAACCAAAGUGUAAACAUUUGUGACCUUUAUAAUGCCAAUAAGGGAACACGUGUGAAGAUGAGAAGAGCAGUGGGUUGUAGGAUGUGGCACCAACUCUUUGUCCCUUCGGUAACAUCUGUUGCCUCGGCAUCUUUGAGGCUUGGAGUCUAACCAGUGAAGACUUCUUAAGUGAGACUCCAACUGAGCUGAGAAUAGGGAAAUCAAAAUACUAUGGAGAGCAUGUUAGCUAUGGUGAAAUGGGUGGGUUAUGGAAAAAGACAACUUAGAGGUGUAAUCUAAUGCAGGAGACAUGGUAAGUGAAGCAAAGUGGGGCUAAUGGGGAACAAAUGAAUAUCGUAGAAGGAUAAAUUACGACGAUAUACUGAGGAUAAGGGUAUGAUGAAGUGUAAGAAUGUGGGGGAUUGGGUAGUGUAGCUCAGUGUGUGAAUUAAAAUUCUGACACAAUGCACAUAGCAUAUGACCACCCACCCUAUAGAGCACAUGAGGCAUCCAGAUCAGAACUGAGAAAUGCCCAGAUUCUGGACCGAUUGCCUGCCUUGAGGAUUGGUAAGUAGAGAAUUCACCCUCUUAGGUUAUUGUAUAUCCCUGUUCUUACAAGCAAUGCGUACAAACAAUGUCUACUGUAUAUUUGAGCGUAAGCUCUUCAGACAGGAUUCUGUUACAGUUUAUUAACUCCUGAUGUCUCCUUUUUACAGGCCGUAGAUGCUGCAUUAAUUCACAUUGUGUAAAGUGUGGCACUAUUGUCCAGAUGGAGUCCUGCACAGUGUUACCCAUCGCUGUCUAAACUCACAGUAACUGCUCAGCGUCUCUCAGCACUGCAAUAAUUACUACAGACUGCUGCCUCCAUUACCAUCGUCCACACAGCAGACUAUUCCUCCAGCAAGGUGCAGUACUGCAGCGUCACUCCUUUACUUCAGUAUCUUGCAAACUUGCAGAGCAUUGCACGAUUUCCACAUUCUGAACCCCACGGAACAUUCCUUCAACUUUCUUUAGAAUCUAGAACUACAGAAUAUUGCACCUGAAAGUGAAUAUCACUAACCAGAGACCUUCUUCGUCAUCCCAUAAAGCCUCAUUAUUACUCAUAGACCUGCAGAGCUUUGCAUCUUUCUCAUCACCUCCUCGUGGCCUAGGAAGCAGUACACUUUUUUCCCCAGCAACUGGUGUGCAGAUCAUUUAACGAAUUAUAGCAGCAGGAAGACUUGUGAUACAAACUCUGUUUUAGAUAUAGGUGUCUCAUGCACGCAUUAAAGAUGGAGGACAGCUUGUUGUUCAUUUAUAUUGUGGCAGCCUGUAGUUUUACUGGAUUUCAAAUCUUCUUCUCUGUGAUUAGCCCCCAAAUCUCAGCCAUGUUAUCCACAACCUACCCACAGCUCAGCAAGGCAAAGCAGUGUGAGUGGGACUCCAGGUAAUGUCUGCCUUAUUGUUUCCUGAGUGCCUUAUUACCCUGUAACAUCUUAUUACAGUAACCCGGCUCCUGAGCGCCUUAUUACCCUGUAACAUCUUAUUACAGUAACCCGGCUCCUGAGCGCCUUAUUACCCUGUAACAUCUUAUUACAGUAACCCGGCUCCUGAGUGCCUUAUUACCCUGUAACAUCUUAUUACAGUAACCCGGCUCCUGAGUGCCUUAUUACCCUGUAACAUCUUAUUACAGUAACCCGGCUCCUGAGUGCCUUAUUACCCUGUAACAUCUUAUUACAGUAACCCGGCUCCUGAGCGCUUUAUUACCCUGUAACGUCUUAUUACAGUAACCAGGCUCCUGAGUGCCUUAUUGCCCUGUAACAUCUUAUUACAGUGACUUUAGGAGUUGUGGCCUUUAUGACGUGUCUGUUAUGUUGCAGGUGUGUUUCCACGGUCCAUGCAUUCGUUGUGGGGUCAUUCUGCCUGUACAUCUUGGCCUAUGAUGAUGCUGUGAACUCUGAUCCGAUAUGGUGAGUAUUUAAAUCCUACAUUACUUUCUCACUACGACACUGUUUGUAAUUGAGUUAUUUUCUAUUCUGCUGACUUGUACAGCUACAAUUAUAGCCAUAUCUGAGAUAAAAUAAUGCCUACUCCUUCUGUGUCUAAUAUAUACACAUUUACUUCUCUAUUCUGUACUGCACACACAGCUAGAUCACUACACUGUCAUCUCUCUUUACAGCUUACACAGAUAUUUCUGUAUGUUCUAAAAUACAUUUACAUUUUUACAUAAUCUCUAACUGCUUUUCCUAUAGAGCCAGCUUCCCCAAACUCCGGCCCUCCAGAUGUUGCUGAACUACAAAUCCCAUGAUUCCAUGAAUGAAAUAGGUAGCCUGAGAAUCAUGGGAGUUGUAGUUCAGCAACAUCUGAAGGGCCGCAGUUUGGGGAAGCCUGGCUUAGAGAGAUACUAUAGUGGCAUAAAUACAAUCUGCGACAAGUGGGGGCUAAUGCGCAUGCAUGGGAAAUGCAGCGCAUGCAUUAUACCUCCCCAUAGGAAAGCAUUGAAUCGCAUUAUACCUUCCCAUAAGAAAGCAUUGAAUCAAUGAUUUUCUAUGGGUUAGAAGUUGACGCAGAGCAUGAGGACGUCCAGAUACCACAACAAAGGUCCGAUUCAGGAAGCCCUCUAGUGACAGCCAUUGUAGGCAGACUUAGUGCUGCAAUGUAAACAUUGCAAUUUCUCUGAAAGUGCAAUAGGGACACAGCACCCAGACCACUUCAAUGAGCUGAAGUGGUUUGGGUGCCUAUAGUGUCCCUUUAAGGACCACUAAAGUCACUCAGACCAGUUUAUCUCAAUGAAGCAGUCGGAGUGCAGUAGCUCUGUAGUUUUAAUCCUGCAAUAUAAAGCUUUGCAGUUCCUGACAGCCCUUAGAGGCACUUCCUCCUCCAGAGCCAAGAGAAACUCGAUCCUGUAAUCAUAGCAGCCUUUGACUGCAGGAGUGGGGCGUUUGGCUGCGCAUGCAAAUCUCCAAUUCAAUGCUUCUCUGUAAGACACCCUGGAUUGGUAGAGAUCAUACAAGAUGCCAGAAGCCACGCUGAUAUCUUAGGAGGUGGAGUGGUCAGCUGCAGCAGAGGAGUCUCGGCUCUGAAGAUGAGCUGCAUAUUUGCUCUAUUUAAUUUUUUUUUUCAGCAAAGGGGGAUGGACAGUUGUCUCAAUGAUAGAGGGGAACCUAUAGUCCCAAAAUAAAUAUAGUUACAACAGUACACGUAGUGCUUUAUCAGAGGACCUCUUACUACCCAUACUGCAACACUCUGCUCUUACUACCCUGAUUCCCUGUACAUAUAUAUAGUGCUUUACCAGAUGAGUUCUAUUUGUAUUCCCUGCUUAUCAUUGCUUACACAUUUAAUGGUUCAAUCAGAGCUGCUCUAUUCCUGUUCUCUGUAUAAGAGAGACCGGUGACAGGUGACAUCUGUUGGAACCAUCCUGUGGUUUGCGUCUCUACGCUGCUACAAACCACUAGAACCAAUUUUGAGGUGGGGGCAUGCUCGGGAUUGUUCUGUAGUUAGCGAAGGAUCUUCCCUACACACUAGACAAAUUCCAGUCCUGCAAGCACAGGGACAGUGCUGCCAAGAGAAGUUUGGGGCCCCUUACAAAAUGACUAUCAGACCGUUACCCCCAUCCACACGUUCCCAAACACAGAGAUACAUUCUCACAGACAUACGCAGACAGAUAUGCAUUCUUAGAUACUCACCGAUACAUACUCCCUGACACGUGCACACUGUCACAUGCAGACAUACAUUGCCAGACAGAAACAGACACAGAUAACGACACUCACUGCCAGACACACACUCUCACAGAUAAAUGCUGCCAGGCAGAUGCACACACUGGGAAAAAAAUAUAAACACAAUGCAUACACAAAACCAGAUCACACACUGACAGACACACACAUGUACUCAGAUGCAUGAAUUCAGCCACAAAUACUGAAAUACAUGUUGGUUUUUAGCCUAUCUUUUUCCAGCAGGGUUAUGGCUUGCUGGUGGGGAGUGGGCUAUUCAGGUGUGAACGGUCAUUUUCACACAGCUUCCUUCAUGUGCUGGGAGGAGGGGACAACCUGUAUACUCCAAGCACUUCCACGGAGGAAUAAAAAGAAAGUCUUGAAUGCAGUUUGGUUAGGGUCACACUCUGUCACGGAUCUGCAAUGUGAUCUAGUUAAUGCAAAUAGUUACACUUCAUUGCCCAAAUAAUUAAAAAAUAUCUAAAUUUUCAAAAGAAAACAUGCAUGCAUAUAUUUAUGCACUUUUUCAUUUAAGGUAUAUCUAAAAAUACAGUUAAAAGCUGUAGAUCUCUUAUCUGCAGCCUUUGCAAGCCCUCCCCUUCUAACCCCGCCCAGUCUUUCUGUGUCUGUCCAAUCACAGACUUCCCAAUGCCUUUGCAAGGCAGGUGAUUUGGACAAUUGCUGCCUCAUGAGUUGAGCUACACCGAGCUAACCAAACCAGGAAGUAACAGGACCGACUGUCUGAUUGUCAGCCAGGGGAGUUGUAACCAGGCUAAUUUAUAAAAAUGACAAUUUCUAUUGAAAUCUGCACUUUUUGUAAAAAGGGGGGAAAAAAGGACACUUUUCAAACAUAAAGUACUUCAACAAGUACUUGUUUGAAGUGUUUCUUUAUAUUUCUCAACUAGAUUGCAUAAUGAUACAGGGCUGCAUUUGGGCCCCAAUCCUUGGCCAGGCCUCUUAAUAACUCUGGGCUAUAAAACAUUAAAUAUAGCAUGAAAAGCCAAUCUCAUACCAUUCCCGUGGCUGAUCUUUUACGCUCAGUCGAUCCCAGUGAAAGUUACGUGGUGGAUACACAAAGGAUUAAUAGUGGGUUUAAGGAGACAGCAAAUUCUUUCAUUUUUUUUUUUUAUAUAUAUUCAAUUAUUUAGGCCAGAUUGACCAAUGUACUAAUUAAUCAGGACUUCACUCCCAAGUAAUUCCAAUGAUUGUCUCACAAACUCGAACUCUAAUAACACUGUCAACAGUAUCCACUUCCGUAAGGUUUUAUAUUUACAUAAUAUUAUGGCAUUGGUCCAUGAUUCCGGCAGAACCAGGUUUUAAGGGAUAUAUCGUUCAUAGUCUCAGGCACGUUCAUUCACGGCAAGGCAUGAAUUAUGCCUUAUUUGAAAGAAUAGAUGCCACAAUGCCACAAUUAGAUUGCCAUUAAUAUAUUUUAUUUAUUUAUUUUUGUAUAUGGAGCCAUUUGAGGCUGUACAUCACGGAUUCCGGUUUUGAUGCUCUUAAAGAAUCUAUUUACGCUCAGAUUCUAUUCAAUACAGAAAUGUUCUCAGGAUACAAAGUUUCUAAUCUAUUAUGAUUGCAUGUUAGAAUUCUAAUACAAGACAUAUUUUCACAUAUAGUGGGUUUUUAUUGUAUUUUGUGUUUAGUAUGUCUUUCCUGUUUGGAGGGAGUCCAAGUAGCCAAAGCAUUUCUCCUAAACAACAUUGUCUUGAUAAGGCUUGAAAUAUUGUUCUAGUGCCUAACCAAACUCUAUAGGUUAUGGUCCCUAUUUAGAUUCGAGGGGCCCCCUAAAUUUAAUAACAAUAUUGCAAAUAAAGGGUUUUACAGGCCUUGCAGUUACAGCUCCUCCUCUUGCGUCAUCAUUUGGUCUGCUGACUCUUCUCGUACCUCUUAACCAAUCAAAUGAUUUUCAUAGAUAAUCAUUAUGGAUGAGAAGCACAUGCAAGGAAAGCCCAACAUAUGAGCAGCAUUUGAUGAUGUCUGCCGAUAAAAGACCUGUGUUUAGCCCUGUACUGAAAACAUUUCAAUAUCUACUAGACGGAAACGUGUUCAAUUUCAGAACUAAGAGGAACACUGCACCCAGAACACUGCAUUGAGCUGAAUUGGUCUGGGUCACCUAAAGGAACACUAUAGUCACCUAAAUUACUUUAGCUAAAUAAAGCAGUUUUAGAGUAUAGAGCAUUCCCCUGCAAUUUCACUGCUCAAUUCACUGUCAUUUAGGAGUUAAAUCACUUUGUUUCUGUUUAUGCAGCCCUAGCCACACCUCCCCUGGCUAUGAUUGACAGAGCCUGCAUGAAAAAAAAAACUGGUUUCACUUUCAAACAGAUGUAAUUUCCUUAAAUAAUUGUAUCUCAAUCUCUAAAUUGAACUUUAAUCACAUACAGGAGGCUCUUGCAGGGUCUAGCAAGCUAUUAACAUAGCAGGGGAUAAGAAAAUCUUAAUUAAACAGAACUUGCAAUAAAGAAAGCCUAAAUAGGGCUCUCUUUACAGGAAGUGUUUAUGGAAGGCUGUGCAAGUCACAUGCAGGGAGGUGUGACUAGGGUUCAUAAACAAAGGGAUUUAACUCCUAAAUGGCAGAGGAUUGAGCAGUGAGGCUGCAGGGGCAUGUUCUAUACACCAAAACUGCUUCAUUAAGCUAAAGUUGUUCAGGUGACUAUAGUGUCCCUUUAACCCCUUAAGGACACAUGACAUGUGUGACAUGUCAUGAUUCCCUUUUAUUCCAGAAGUUUGGUCCUUAAGGGGUUAAGUGGUCCUUUUAAGAUUGUUGGGGCAGCGUAGUCUGGCACUCUCAGCCUAUCACUGCCAUCCAAGGUUGGGUGACUUUGCAUAGAGAACGCAGAAUGGUAAUUCCAUAUUAUGUCUGCAUCUGUAGAGAAGUCCGAGUGGGGGUGGAAGGGAGAGCUUAGUCUUUCUCAAAGAGCUCCAGAAAACAGUGGGAAAGUAUCAUAAAUACUACAAUGACCUGCAUUGAUGUACAGUGUGUGUCCCUUUAAAAUAUAUAAUAAAUACUUUAUUGUAUACGUUGUAAUCUAAAGGGACAAUCGAGGCUGAAAAUGAAACCAGUUUUUUAAUUAAUUAAAUAAAUAAAAGAGAGGGAAAAAAAUCCUCUUUGAAUUUCCUGUAUUUGGUUAAAAUUCACAGGAUUUUGCAGCAUCUGCAGUGAGCUCAGCCCAGACCACCAAGCAGAAUCUCCUACACAUUUGCAGCAAAGUGCGGAAAGCGAGUAUCAAUUUUCUAACAUUGUUAAUCUAAUUUUGCAUUUAAAAAAAAUAAAUAAAAUAUAAAAUACAUUAAUAAUGUAAGUCAGCCCCAGCGUGGAGUAUUCCUGUGUAUAAUUGUGGUGUGUGUUCGGUUGUUUAUUGAGCUGUUGAUGGAGUGCCUUUUGGUUCAAACACAUGCAGUCUUUGUUCAUGUGCCUGUCCCCCUCCCCCCUGUCUCUCCAUACAACAAUUAGUUCUAAUAAACUUACACAACAAGCAUAUUCUGUCUUGAUGGAUAUUUUCCCUUUAUAUUGACAUCCUCACCCAAUGAGACUUUCCUCUAGCCCAGUUGUAGGCAGCCAUCAGCACUCCAGAUGUUUGUGGACUACAUCUCCCAUGAUUCUCUUGCAGCCAUUAAGAUGGCAAAGCAUAAUGGGAGAUCUAGUCCGCAAGACACAGAGAGACGAAGGUUGCCUAGCCCUGCAUCCAGUCUUCAAUCCUUUAAGGGACACACCAGGCUGGAGUUAAACCCACUAUUUUAUUUUUUUUAUAUAUAGAUAAUGUACAAAAACAUCCUCAACUUGGGCACUACAUCAGUCUCUGCUAUUCCGGUACUGUCUAAAUACAUAUAGUACCAUCAUUGGGUCUGUAUCUUUUUACAUUAUUCACUGCUAUCCCUGUACUGACUGCAUAUAGGGUUGUCACUACAUCUUUAUAUUGUAUCUGACUCUGCUGUUCCUGUGCCACCAUAUACAGCUCUGUCAAUACAUCUCCAUUCUGUGCCUGACUCUGCUGUUCCUGUACUGUCUGCAUACACAAACUACUACUACUUAUGUGUCCUGCUGCAUACUCUGCUAUUCCUGUUCUGACCUCCCCCAUAGCCCAGUGUUUAAUGCUGUACAAAAAGCUCCCUUGUGUGUAAUAUAAUAAAGUCCUUUGUCAUGUGAAGUGUGAUUCCUCUUGUCCCUCCCAAACAAUUCACGCUGUUUAAAAGGAAGAAAAUGACUUGCAGCUUUUUCAACUUAUAUAAAAAAAUCCUCUGGAUUGAACAGGUUAACCACUUUUAAUGUUUCGCAUAAAUUGUUCCCUUUUCAUCUCUCUAUAAAAGGUCCGUCGCUUUACAUAACCAUAUUUUUGAGCGUUAGUAUUUAUUUUAUCUAUGGUAUUCAAUUUUCUAUAGUUUGACUCAUUUCAGAACUACCUCCUGAAAAGGCAUGCCAUGGCAUUUAAUGCAAAUUAUCUUACAUUCCCCAUGAUUCCUAUCAUCACAAGCUUUCCUAAAAUACUUAACCCCACAUGAGACCCUACUAAAGUCAUUUUUUUUCCCAUUUUGAGCAAAUUAACUGAGCAUACAACUCGAUUAGUUCUUUGGGUGAAUUCACAUUAAAAGCAAAUUUUCCCAGAGUUGAUACAACUCACAGAAUGCUGUAGUGUUGAACACAACAUAACAACCCCACUCUUCUAUCUCUCUGUUCCAUUAAAUGUUGUAAUGAAUAUUAUUUGCCAUUUUACAUUCCGUAGAAUGUGUGAUCAUGUAAAUGAAUUAAAAUAAUGCUGUUAUGUGUACUUGGUUGUUCUUUAAUAGACUGGUUCUCAUUCUAGGGGAGAUCCUUUUCAAGUGAAGUUGAAUGUUGCGAUCACAUGUGGAUACUUAAUUUACGGUAAGCCUAAUCAGACAUAUUUAUGUAUUUAUAAAAGAGCACGCAUACAUCGUAUUAUUUACUAAACAAUGAGUUGUGAGCUGGCACACAACUACUUGAAAUAUUCAGGUCAAAAUGGUAGAGGUGGUACACAUGUCAAUUCAACGCAACACAACACAAUUGGAUAUUAUACCCCCUCUAGUGUAAGAAUGUUGCACUGCACUCCUGUUAAAUCACAGGUUAGUGCAGGCAUAUGCAACCUUUGGCACUCCAGAUGUUUUGGACUACACCUCCCAUGAUGCUUUGCCAGCAUUAUGGGGGAUGUAGUCCACAACAUCUGGAGUGGCGAAGGUUGCCUAUCCCUGGGUUAGUGCAUUAGAGAACUUUAUGGCUCUCAUUGUAAGAUUGCCAUAGCAACUUCACCAGGACACUAUAACCACAAACUACCUUUUGUAGCAUCCCGGUGGAGGUGAUCAGGCAACAUCACCACAUUUUAUAUAGUCCUGGAAGAGCUGAUCUGGCAAUGACUCUAUCCUUUUUAUAGCUAUAUCAGUAAUAUUGUCAUCUGAAGGAAGGCGAUCACUUUAUUUUACGGUUCUGGCUCAAGCCCUAUCAAAUGUAAUAGAAAUGAAUAAACUCUUCACUCGGCUUGUCGGUGCUGAAAUGUGUCCAAUCCAUCCAGCAACGUUUCAGCAAUGAAUUGGCAAAUUAGCCUUGUUAUUGGAGCAUGUCCAAUUUGCAAAAUAUGAAAUAGUAAGUGAUGGUUGGUAUUAAUGGAUGUAGACAUGAGCAGACCACAGAUUAUGCAGACCUGUUGGUAUUUUUAGCUGCAAUUAUCUACCAGCUGUUGGUAUCAGCCUUUCCUAUAGGGAUCUCUUUAGUCUUCUCAGUGAAUGCUUGAGAACUCAGGUAAUGCAGUUCUGGUUGCCUUGACUGCUAGCAGUUAGCCAGAGUUUAUAAUGAUGUCAAGGAGUGUGAUCGUAACAAAUUUAAACUCAUUUUUCCCCCAGGUUUUUCAGCUUCUUUCUACAUGUUAUCCAGUGGCAGAACAGGGGUCGCUAAGGUUGCAAGUGUGACCCCAUAGUGCCCCUCUUCCUCCUCGCAGCGCAGAAAGGGUUAAAACCCCUUCUGUCACUUACCAGAGUCCACCUCCGCUCCUCCUCCCUUAAGUGAGCUAAUGAACACGCAUGGUGAGUGCCAUGCUUGCAUUAGGACUACCCCAAACGAAAGCAUUCAAUCAGUGCUUUCCUGUGGGGUUUUAGUUGAAACUGGAUGUCCUCAUGCAAAGCGUGCGAACACCCAGCGUCUGUUAGGAGACCAAAAGUUGUCUAAUGACUGGGAAGCGCCUCUAGUGGCUAUCUGGUAGACAGCCACUAGAGGUGGAGUUAACCCUCAGAGUUAAUUAUUGCAGUUUAUUAAUAAUGACAAUUGCAGAGUUAAGCUGACUGGGGCACUGCACCUAGACCACUUCAAUGAGCUGAGGUGGUGGUCUGAGUGCCUAUAUGUAUCUUUAAAGAGCAUUCCAUUCCAUUUUUACAUUGUGCUAGAAGAAAUGCUUGCAAAUAUAUAGAUUGUAAUGUAACGCUCUUUAAAAAUAUGGUUUCUCCUCUACCUGUCAAUGAAAUUCUCAACAUUAGACCUGUGUGCAAAUAGCACAUGGGGGCUAAUGCCAUAGAUUGAGUGACAGGUGGACUUCUUGCUCCCUGUCACUGUGUUUCUCCUCCAGCAGGCCAGGCCCAUGCUGGGAGAUUAUAGGAUGCACUGACGCCUAUGUGCUCGCAGUGAAGCCAGCAUGUUAGUGACCCAAAGCAGGACCAAUUAUUUCACACUCACGCGCAGCCAAACCACAUGUACAAUCACACUCAGCCAACCAACACAAUCACACUUAACCAAGCCCCACACAGAAUCACACUCAACCACCACACACAUCCCACUCAGGAGUAUUGCUUAGGUGGAACAAAGAGGGGCUAUAAGGAAGGGGUGGGGGUUUAUUUGAAUUCUUACACCAGGGAACUUUGAUUCCUAGUUACGCCCCUGAUGUUAUAUGUGCAUAAUUUAUCGAAAGUUGCAAAACAUGUAAAGCACACUUAGGGUGCACCCAUGUACAUUCCACAAUGCACAUGGCUCAUGCCAGUAACCGUGCCCAUGGUGCCAUUAUAUUGAUAACUUAAAAACAUACAAAAAAUUUAAAAAAGAAAAAUGCCUUUUUAAAUGUCCUUUAUCUAUUUUAGCGAGUAUUGGCCCUCACGCACCAGGAACAAGCUACAGCAAUGAGAAUGGCCUAUGUCUGGUCUACGGGGUUUGCCCCAAUAUCUCAGACUCCUGUUCAGCCAGUUUGUGGGAUAUUAGGAGCAAGUCUACUAAUCACACAGUAUGAGUGGAAUCGCUUGGUAAACAGUUAGCAGACAUUCUGCAGCUGUGGUCUGCUUAGUGAUCCAGAGCUGCCUCUCUCUCCUGGGAGAUUCAGCUGCUGGGUGACAGUUCUGAUGGGCACGCUGAUAACUGCGGAGAUCAGAGACUCUCAUUUUCAUUAUAAGGAGAAGUUCUGAUCCAUACACUGAACGUAACCCAAUAUUCUCUUUCUUUCAGACUUGGUACUCCUUGCUCGUUUCUGGAAAGUGAUGAGAGAUCCUUAUAUCGUUUGUCACCACAUGGCGGUGCUCUACGCAUAUGGAUAUGUUCUGGUAUUAUCUACAUUCCACUCCUCUUCUCUUUUUAUUGGUGAACGUGUAACGUGUAAAAAAUAAAAAAGUGAAAUUCACAUUUUCCCCCCCAAUACAUUGUGCUCCAAAGACAUGCAGAUCUUGUCAGUUCCUAAUUGAAAUUGCACUGGGUGAUAAAGAUCUGAACUAUCCACCGUCUGAGUCUUCCAAUUAAUGAGACUUUGUUGCAGCAUUAGAGAAAUAGAACAGUCGAGUUCAAUCAUCCUGGUGGAAUUUAAACUCUGUAUUCCCAAUACUUGGUGGUCAGGAUGAAUUAUCCAGUUGAUUCUAAUCUGCCAUCACAGUUUAUAUCUUAACAUUUCACGGCCAAGCUAUAUUGCUAUAUAAGGUGUGCUAACUUGGACUAUGUUUCAAAAGCUGUCUUAGAUAGUGUACAUAUACUGGAUGAUCAGGUCUAAAAUUCAGGCAGGGGUUAAAGGUCAUCCUUGUAAGAGUUGCUUGUGCGCCCCUACCCAGAAUCCUUAGCGCUGAGCCCAAUGACCACAUAAGAGGCUUAGGAAAUCUGUAAGAAAACAGGCAUGCUGAUCACUCUGCAAUGUGUAGUUGUGCUCAGUAGUUCUCUUCUGAUUUAACUGUACAGUUAGAGCAUUGUGGGAGAUGCAGUUCACAACAAUUGGAGUGCUGCACGUUACCUAGUCCUGCUCUAAAGGAUUGGUAUAUAUUGAAAUAUUGUGUACACAGAGACUAAUGGAAUGUGGAAAGCCUAUUAACUGUGAUGUAAAUACAUUCUCUAUGCACCCACCUUUCCUGCUUAUGUUAAUGCAGUUUUUGAGAUCUAGGUGACAAUUUGUCCUCAAUUAGUUUUUUAUUCAUGUAUUAGGAGAAACGACGACGAUAAUCUGUUAGCAGGAUAAGCGAGCUCUGAUUUCAUAGUUACACGGCUCUCCAACAUUUCUACAGGGGGCGACACUGUAAAUGUUAUUUCCCAAUUCCAAGAGCGAUACACACAGACACUCAGACAAUCACACACAAAACAAACAAAUACAUACUGACACACACACAUACACACAGGACAAGUAUGAAAAUCAGAAAACUAUACAUUUAUGUUCCUGGGAUGACACAUUCUACAUCACUAAACACACAGACAUACAUACAUGAGUGCCUCAGUCACAUAUCUGGUAGCAGCUAUUUUUCAAGUAACCAUCAUAAGUGUAUCAGGUAAAAGAUAUCAAUAUUUUAAGUGAAAAUAUGGCCACAACAGAUAGAAUUAUUUGAUGGGUUUUUUUACGUGCAAAUAAUGACAUCACGGCUUCUUCAGUGUAGCAACAUCUAGGGGAACAGAACACAUCUAUCUGGUGAUCCCGGCAGGGUCAUUACAAGUUAGGGACCCAGGCAAGCAUCUGUAAACGCUAAAAUAGUCUUCUUAGGAGAAUCAAAAUCUUUCAAAUUCUAUCAAUCACUGAUGGCCAUUUCUCCCUGAAGCCACCAGAGGUCAGUAGUGAUAUAGUAAAAUAUCCCAGCACUGUGAUUGACAGAAAGAGGGGUUAUGUAUAAUAAGUAACUGAAGUUCUGAAGUGGUGGAACUGUGUAAAAAAAGGGCAUAGUCACCAAUGGAAUGUCCCUCCUGGUUCCAAUUGUUUCUGUGGCAAUUGCACCACAUUUAGUACUUUAGACCACUUUCAGAACACUUUUUAUACAUAACUCCCACACUAAGCACUCUAUAGCGAUAUCAUUGAUCCCGGGGGAAUUUACCUAUAUUUAAAAACAUACUUUCCCUACAUAUGGCUGAGCACUUGUGUGAUUCUUUAGAAGCCCCAUUUACCACUUAUUAUAAUGGGUACAGACAUCGAUCUUUAUUUCAGAUUAUUGUCCACUCUUUAUUUGCAAAGCAUCCAGGGCAAUGUAGUAUUGAUCUUCUUAAUACUAUAUUUGUAGUGCAUAGCAAUACAUUCCUUUGUGAUGUAUUUACAAUGUAUUUUAAGCCUUGUAGUUGUAAUUUCUUUGGUUCUAACAAUUAUUAUUGAUCUGUUUCGUCACAGAAUCGGGGCGUUCUGCCAUAUUUUGCCAACUUUCGACUGAUUUCGGAGCUUUCCACACCAUUUGUGAACCAGAGGUAAGAACUUUAUUGUCCCCAGUGGGACUGACCCUUUAACCUAUAUAACAUGUCUUUGUCAUUUAGUCACUAUAUUGCCCAGUGGCAUUGAACCUUUAAACAUGUCACUGUCAUUAGGACACUAUGCUCCCCAGUGAGACUGACCUUCUUUAUUUGGGCCACACAAUUAUCACUGUAUAGUUUAUAAAUACUUUAAGGUGUUUAAAUGCUAUUUUUUUUUUUUUGUUUUGUACACCACUCUUUGCCGUUUCUCCUCUUACCAGAUCUAAGACAAUAUUAAAAGGCCUUUUAGAUUAUAAGCAUUCCCACUCAAUAUACACAAUAACCUGUAAACCUUGAUCUUACUUGCCACAGGUGGUUCUUUGAUGCAGUAGGGAUGCCACGUUCCUCAUGGAUGGUCCUGUUAAACGGCUUUGCCAUGGCUGCUGUCUUUUUCGUGGUCCGGAUCGCUGUAAUUCCCAGCUAUUACUCUCAAGUCUUUGCUACGUUUGGCACAGAGGGUUACAUUAGACUAGGUAUUGGACCACAGGUGGCCUGGAUUGUGUCAUGCGUAAUACUGGACAUCCUCAAUGUCUUUUGGAUGUACAAGAUCGCCCGUGGUUUUUAUCGUGUUGUGAAAUCCAAGCCUGAAGGAAAGCCUAAGAGAAACCACGCCGACUGA